ACAUCUGAAAGAGAAUCUUAAGAGUUUUGCACGCAUGGAGUGAAAUCUACAAGUAUAAAGUAUCACAUGUAUAACACAUAAAUAACACGUAAGAAAUCCUUGUAAAUGAUAAAAACCUAAUCGUAAACAAAAAAAUUCGAGCCAACCAGUUUCCUGCAGUAAUUAUAACCUGAUCGAUGAUGACAGACGUAGUAACAUGCACCAGCAGAUGUUGGAUAAUGCCGCAGUAUAUCCUUGACCACGCCAGGUGUAAAGAACACGGGGACGACAGGUAUUUGUACGUCGAAAUCAUAGAGCAAAGUGUGAUCUUGAAUCGGAAUUGGUAAAACUCUAAAAGCUCGCCCUUGAGGUGCAGUCUCUUUCCGUAGGUCGCGCCGUAUGUUAGAUUUUGCACCUUUGAUGCGAAAAAAAGAAGUGAGAUGCCGGGGAAUGUCACAAAGCACUUGAAGUUCAGCCUGGCGAAUCAAGAGUCCUGCAAUAUAGUGCGGUAAACUUUUCUCCGAUCGGGGUGUUCGUUGACAAAGAAAUUGUCGGACUGUUGUGGAACAUGGGAUAAGCGUUACAACAAGGCGUCGAGUCGGAGCAACGAUCUCAAGAGAUUUCAGAAGGUGAACAGGAUUCCAGGGACGUUGCAACUAUCGUGUAAAGACAAACUGUGGAGGCACGUUAACGUUAUGGCGGGUAAGUUCGGAAACAAGGCAUCCGGGUUUAUUCCCAAGACUUAUAUUCUCCCCGAAGAGAGUCGGCGACUUCGUCAGGUCUGGGAGGAAAAGCGUGGAAAAAAAUGGAUCGUAAAGCUACCGAAAGCCGAUCGAGGGGACGGAAUACGCGUGGUGAACGAGUGGUGGGAGAUACCGAAGUAUCGCUCGAUGGCUGUGCAGCGAUAUCUAUCGAAGCCGAGAUUAAUUCGUGGCCAAAAGUUCGACAUAAGGUUGUACGUCUUGAUUACCAGCUUCAAUCCGCUCAGGAUAAUAUCUGUACCGUGACGGCUUGGUCCGUUUUGCCACGGUGAGGUACGUCGACGGUGGAUAAUUACCUCACCGAGAGAUGCAUGCACCUCACGAACACGAACGUAAACAGGACAAACGCUGCAUACAGAGUACCUUUGUCGGUAGAUUCGCAAUCCGGACAUCUAUGGUCUCUGAAGACUCUCUGGAAGUACUUGGAGAAGAGCGAUGAUUCGGUCGACGUCAAUGGGAUAUGGAGCGAGAUGAAAGACAUGGUAGUGAAGACCGUUAUCUCCGGGGAACCAUCCGUCGAGAAAUCCGUCGGGAUUAUAAGCCCUGGCUAUUGGAGGUAAACCGCGGUCCUUCCAUGAGCAAUGACACGUCUGUCGAGUCUAACGUCAAAGGAUCCUUGUUGAGGGAUGCCCUGAACAUGGCUGGUUAUCAGCUACCGAACACCUUGUCAGUCACCGAUAUUCGGAACUUAUCGAGGAGUUAUCGACUCGGCCAAGUCUGUCACGAUUCACGAAUCUUUGAAGUGAAUAUCAGCGAGGAAGAAAGGCGGAAGCAAGCAUUCUUCGACCGCUGCAAAAAUACGGCGGACUAUCUGACCGCGAUCCUUGAAACUCUCACUCCUGACGACGCGAGGCGCCUAAUCACCUACGAAGAUGAGCUCGCGCAGAUCGGCGACUUCGAAAAACUCUUUCCAACCGCGACCAGCCACCUCUAUUUUCAAUAUUCCAACCCCCUGAGGUACUACAACAUGCUAUUUGACGUCUGGGAAACCAGGCACGGCAGCGGUAGGAAAAAUGAGAUUUUGAGGCUUCAGAGUUUGUGCAGAGAAAGGUAUCACUUGAUACUCGCAGGGUAGUCGACAAGUAUCGCAAUCGAGAAAUCCAGCUUCGGGACUUGGCGCACGAAUUAACGACCUUUCGCAAACUUUCAGUCGCACAGUGUGUGUAUUCAUUUAAUAGCAAUUAUUAUGCUGUGUAACCUGUUACGUAUAGUAAAUCUAGUGAUUUUCAAACCUCUCA